AUGGCCAUGGCCAUGAGAAGACCCCACCUACGGCUACUGCUGCCCCUCAUCCUGCUGGCCGCCUACCUGGCUCUGGCUAGUGGGACACCAUGGACCCGUCUGAAAAACAGAUUCAGAAAGCACCAUGUGGAUUUCCCACAAAGCCCAGCUGACUUCCCCAACAGCUACUGCGAGAUGAUGAUGUUGGAACGGGGUAUAUAUGGGACAUUUAUCAAUACCUUCAUCCAUGCACCCAUGCGGUCUAUCAAGCGUGUCUGCUCUGUGGGCGGAAUACACAUCUCAACUGGCCUACGCAAGAGCAUUUUUCACUUCAGUGUCACCACCUGCAGAUAUAGCCCGCAGAUUGACUCUUACAUUGAGGAAAACUAUUCCCGGCACAUUGUCAUCGGCUGCUGGAAUCGGCUCCCUGUGCUCUAUGUGGAGUAG